UUUAUAAAUUGAUCAAUCCCGAGUCGACCUGUUUUGGUAAAUAUUUUAGCCGAGUUUGAGUUGAGUCACCCGAAGGUGACCCGUUUAUCUGCACUUGCUUUUGCUUCCUGUGCAGACUGCAUCUUGCAUUUGUUUCCUCCAAGCAGCAAUAUACCCCAGAAUGGCUUCAACUGGGAAGCUUGAUGUGGAAGUGGAGGUGAGUGGAAUCUGGAUAAGUUUCUGAACUUCUUCGCUGCCGGCGGAGUCAUCAGCAUCGGACGGAUGUGGUACGGGGCAAUUCUAAUUAACUGAUGGGUUGCUAUGUUAAUGUUUUGUGUGAUGUUGAGGCUUUCGUGCUGGAUCAUGUUCGUGUUGGUCGGGGUGAGGAGUGAUGGUGGCGGUGUUUCUUCAGCAGUAGCGGCGGAGGAAAGCGGCGGGGGAGGUGUGCCGACGGUGAUCUUGUUGGGGGACUUGCUGGUGGAUGUGGGGAACAGCAACCACUUGAAUCUGUCUCUGGUCAAAGCCGAUUUCCCCUACAACAGCCUCGACUUCCCUUCCCACAAACCCACCGGCCGCUUCACCAACGACAAGAACGCCGUUGAUUUUCUUUGUACGUACUCAGCUUAAUUUCUCUUCAUUUAUAUAUAUAUAUAUAUAUAUAUAUAUAUGUUAAAUUUCCCACAAUUUUUAAGAAUGUCUAUUAUAUAAAAUGUUUUAAAAUAUUUAAAAUGUUUAAAAACUUUAAAAUAAAUAAAUUAUUUUUUUAAACGAGUGACUUGAACCGUUUAUUAAAUAAACGUUUACAUAAUAAUCAUUCAUUAAUAAAUGGUAAACUCGAACCCGAAUUCGAACUGAAAUCUGAUUAAUGCUGACCCGUUUACGACCCGUCCGAAUUCACUGUUAACCCGUUUUGCCACCCCCUCGUGCACUGGCUCGCUGCCUACACUCUACGCUGUCCUCCUGCAUCCAAUUAAUUUUACUGGGUUGUUUCGCCGCUUUCGCGGUGAUACCGGUCGAGGUCGGAGGGAGACACAUUGUGGGCUGUUGCUGCGCUUCGACGUCCUUGUACCUCCCGAAAGCUCCAACAAAAAGCCCUAGUGCCUGGUCUCACUCUCGCCGUUGUUUACAUGAGAAUGAAUAUGCUAUGUCGAGCAUUGGUACAUGCAGUGUCUCCCUCUUCGCCAACGAAACAGGGUGCCCUAGCGCAGUCACUCAUCCUUCUUGAUCAAUCUCUUUCCGCUUUCUCUUCUUCUUCUUCUUCACUCUACUCCACAAUUACCACUACCAGUUCUUUGAAAGAGAAAAAGCACAUAAAGCAGAAAUCACUAGAGUCAGCGUCGGCUUCGGCAUCAUCAUCAACAUUAUCACCCCCGCAACCACCAUCACCAAAUGGUUCCGAAUUGGCCCGGCAGGGAGAGAGGGACAAAGGGAAAGAGAUCGAGAAAUCGCUGAGGAUGAACGUCUCCGCUGAUUGGCCGAGGCCGAGCGAGAUUCCAUGGCAGGCUAAGGUCGUUAAUUCAGUGAACCUGAUUGGCACUGUCCGAGCUCCGGUUCGAUUCCUAGACUCUUCUGGUCGCAAGCACUAUGCUGGCACAGUCAUCUCCCAAGACACUAUUUCCGAUGCUCCACCUCUUUGGAUUCCAGUAAUAUUUGAAGGUGAUCUUGCACAUAUUGCUGCAUGUCAUUUGAAGGAAAAGGAUUGUGUCUAUAUAGUUGGAAAACUAAAUGCAGACCCGUCCCCAUUCACUGCAAGCAAAGGUCAAACAAAUAUCCAGGUCAUGGCAUGUAGCAUUAACUUUGUCCAACCACCUUCUCCUGUGAAAAAAAUCUUUGCACCUCAAAUGCAAGAAGGGUUGGCUUUUGAUAAGUCAGAUCGCGUGUCAAAGGACGAGCACUCUACAUUAAGCCUUUGGAGAGAUCUCAUUCACAAUCCAAAAGAUUGGUGGGAUUACCGUGCCAGUAAGCUCAGUGGAUUGGUAAAUCCAAGAUAUCCUGAUUUUAAAAGCAAGGAUGGUAAAUCUCUCUGGCUUGACAGGGCACCAGAGUGGGUCUUGCCAGGACUUGAUGGAUUGGAUUUUGAUACUCAAAUUCGUAAGCCAAAACAGGUUAAUAAAUCUAAAGUGAACGAGUUGUGGAAGAACUUGGUAGAAAACCCAGAUAAAUGGUGGGAUAAUCGAUCUAGUAAGGCCAAGGAAAAAUCCCCUGAUUUUAAACACAAAGACACUGGGGAAGCACUAUGGCUGAGUGAUUCACCUGCUUGGGUCCUGUCCAAGUUGCCUGCGAUAAAAACUAAGCAAGAUGCUGCUACAUGGAUACACUGCUGAUGUGUAAGCAUGCGAGGUGACGGUGGUCUACAAAAAUAGCGACUUAUGCAGGCUGCAUGCCUGCUAGCAACUGACUUUGAAGCUUGGGAAGGAAAACUGUUUUCUUCGUUAGCUUCACUUGUAUGGUCAAGUUCUAACCUUAAAGAUUUACUUUCACAUGGACGAUGGAAAACUUUGCAAUUCCUUUUUCAUUCUUUCCAUUGCUUCUCCACCUUAAUAUUUGGUAUAAAAAUGAAAUGAAAUUAUUAUUUGUAUUAUUAUAUAUUUACUAUAUAAUUUUUCAUUUUAUUUCA